AUGAAGUUUGAUAUAAUAGGUGAUGAGCCAAUUUUGUCAACUUCCACUGGUCGAUUCGUAUUGUUUCCUAUUGAAUACAAUGAGAUUUGGUCAAUGUACAAAAAAGCUCAAUCGUCAUUCUGGACAUCGGAAGAGAUUGAUCUUUCGAAUGACAUCAACGACUGGAAUAACAAACUCAACGCUAAUGAGAAAUUCUUCGUUUCUCGCGUCCUGGCGUUCUUUGCUGCGUCGGAUGGUAUUGUAAACGAGAAUCUGAUUCGUCAUUUUUCCAACGAAAUACAGGUGCCGGAGGCGCGGUGUUUCUAUGGUUUCCAGAUUAUGAUGGAGAAUAUUCAUUCUGAAACCUACUCUUUGCUUAUUCAAACGUAUAUUCGAAAUGCACCAGAGCGUUCGAUGUUAUUCAACUCUAUUGAAACUAUUCCGUGCAUCAAUAGAAAAGCAAAAUGGGCGCUUCAGUGGAUUCAAGAUAAUAAAUUCACUUUUGCAGAGCGUUUGGUAGCAUUUGCAGCGAUCGAAGGCAUUUUUUUCUCUGCGUCGUUUGCCUGCAUAUUUUGGAUGAAGAAACGAGGAUUGAUGCCGGGUUUGACAUUUUCAAAUGAACUCAUUAGCCGCGAUGAAGGAAUGCAUACCGAAUUUGCCUGUCUUAUUCUGAGUCUUCUCCAGCGUCGUCCUCAUGUUCGGGUAAUCACGAGCAUUGUCAUGGAAGCUGUUGACAUCGAACAACAGUUUGUGAAAGAAGCUAUUCCCAUCAGGUUAAUUGGGAUGAAUUCUAAUUUGAUGUGCAAUUACGUCGAAUUCGUUGCCGAUCAAUUGCUGGCGAUGCUAGGGUGUGGAAAAAUCUACAAUACUGGAAAUCCUUUCGAUUUCAUGGAUAUGAUAUCUGUGGAUGGUAAAACCAAUUUUUUUGAAAGACGGGUGUCGGAAUACCAAAAGGCUAGAGUUUUCAAUGAUACAGAAUCAAUCAAGCACGAAUUCAAGUCAUUGUGA